GUCACAGGAGCCGCCUGGGAGACGCUGCUACACCUCCGCUAUAAAAGUCAAAGCGCCGCUGACUCAAGCACCAGAACCACUCCAACACACUCAUCAUGAAGUUCGUGAUCCUCGCCGCCCUGGCCGCUGUGGCUGUCGCCGCACCCAAGCCUGACUACUCUCAGUCGUCCCACGAGAGUGUAGAGCAUGUGCCCAUCCUGAAGGACGUCCGUGUUCACGAGGACGACGGCAGCUACAACUUCGACAUAGAGACUGGCAACGACAUCGUCCUAUCCCAGUCUGGCUCUCCUGACGGUCCUGAUGGCGCCGUGGUGAAGUCUGGAAGUUAUUCCUACACCGCUCCUGACGGCACCCCAGUUCAUGUGACGUUCGUCGCCGACGAGAACGGCUACCAGCCCCAGUCUGACCUGCUGCCAGUGGCUCCCGCCUUCCCCCACCCAAUCCCUCAGUUCGUGCUGGACCAGAUCGCCUUCGCUGCUGAGGAAGACGCUGCCCGUGGCCGUGGCGAGCACUCAGCUGAGUCCUCUGAGGACGGUCCUUCCUUCAGCUACGGCGCCCCCUAGGAAGUCUCUCUGCUCUUCUACGAUACUUUGUCUGCUCUUGAAUGUGACGUGUAUUUAUUCUAUUUAUUUUGGAAAUGGAAUAUAUUUUUUUCAAGCAAUGAA